AGCUACGGUAGCCAUGUGCAGACUCUGAGGACAUACUGUACCCCCUGCUUUGCUUGGGCUUCCCUUGCCUUCUGGCUGGUACACACCAGGUCACCUCAACCCAGAGAGGCCUGCAGUCCACAGCACAGUAUGUACCUCGAUCUCCUCUCCCCUCUCGGCAGGGCCUGCAACAUGAGCAUCCCUGACUACGUGCAGUGUGCUGAGGACUACAAGACUCUCCCCAUGGUGGUCCAACCCAUUGGGAUCACCUCAGAGGAGAAUUUCUUUUGCAUCUAUAAGCGAAUCUCCUUGGUGAGCCAGAUCAGCCAGUGCGGCUCCCAGUUGGCACUCUGUAUCCACUACAGGCACCACUAUGCGCCCGAGAAUGGGUGGAGAAACUUCCAGACGAACCGCAAGGUCGUGGGACUUGUCACCAUUACCGAUUGCCUCUUGGCCACGGCCUUCAGUAAGCUCCACGUGCAGAGAGAGCUGUGUGGCACCACGCUUAUUGUCUCUCAGCUGUUUGUCUUUGUGCUGCAUGGGGAGGCAGCCGAGCAGACACGCACCGACGUGGCCUUCAACUACGAGGACUGCAGGGUGCUGAAGAAGAUGGAGGACUUCACUGAGUCACUCUUCAUCUUGCUCAAGUCUAAGUGGCUGGAUGGGGCCCCCGAAAAUUCUGGGGACAAGAUCCCCUUCCUCUGCAUCCUGUUUGAGAAGGAGGACUUCAUGGGACUGGACACAGACUGGCCCUGUGAUCCACAUGUCCGCACUCCCCUUCUGCUACUUGGAGAUGAGGUGGCAGGUUUAGGAGAUUGGGCACUGCUGAGGGCACAGCUGCCAGCACCGUGCUACACCGAGGCUGGCUCCGUUCACCUCACCUGUGACCUCCUGCUGAGCCCCCAGGCUUUAGUCACGGUAGGUGCACCGGUGCAAUAUGUGAUGGUGGUCAGCGUGCUGGUGGGCAGUCACUUGUGGCUCCAAGGAGCCAUGCUGAUUCUCCUGAGUCUCUCAUUCGGGAUUACAGAAAAAUCGAGCACCGGAGGAAGCCCAUUCACUACGUUUUGGUUACUUAGAUCCUCGAAUUCCCAUAUGAAUUGUAGCAGCAAGCAGUCAGUUUCUGCAGAGGAGCCCGCUGGGUUUGUGAUCGAGACCACGUUGAAUAUACGGAUCGCUCUGGGGAGCACUGCCAUUUCAAGAGCGCUGUCUUCUGAUCCAGGAAUGUGCGUGGUGUGUCUGUCCAGUGUAAGAAUGCCGGUGACUCCGUUAGAAGCAUGCUUUAAAGCUGUCCGUGUCCUUGCCAUCCAGAAGCGGAGCCUGGAAGCUUCCGAAUUUCUCCAGAAUGCAGUUUACAUUCAUCUUCGACAGAUGAGUCGUUCCGAGGAGCGAAUUCAGCAGUGCAGCAUCCUCUCCGAGCUCUAUGAGUUGAUCGGCUUCCACUGCAAGUCCGCCUUCUUCAGGCGGGUGGCCCCCGUGCAGCGCGCGGCCCCCGGCAUCCCAGAGCCUGGCGGGAAGACCUGCUACCGACUCCUCCUGCAGACGCUUCCUGGCUACAUUCUGUCACUGGACCUGCAGGACUUCAGCAAAGUUCUGACAGGUGUGCAGUGGUACCUCGCAGUUUCAGUUUGCAUCCCCUUGAUGACAGAUGCUGUGGAGCAUGUUUCCAUAGACUUCUUUGGCAUCUAGAUUCCUUCUAUGAUGAGGUGUGCGUUCAGGCAUUUUGCUCAUUUUUUAAUCAGGUUAUUCAUUCUUCUUGUUGAGUUUAAAGAGAUUUGGGUAUAUUCUGGAUAUC